UCCCUAUAACAGCAGCAGCAGAAGGCGAGGCGUGGAUUCAGAGAUUUCACGAACUCCUUCAGUAAAGCACAUUUUCCUCUUCGAAAGCUACAAUCUCCGCCAGACUACGCUUGAUUAAAGGACAGACGACCAAACAACCGCAUUCGCCCUCUCUUUAACGUAUCGGAUAACGUUUUGCUAAUCGUUUGGCGUCGUCUCUACGGUAGAGAGUGUUGUGUGUUGUCCUAGCUGCACGAUAUAAUCCCAGCUAGCUCGUCAUGUAGCUGGCUAGCGAGUUUGCGAGCCGUUAAUCGAGCCACAUUAUGAAGAAACUGACUAUAUAGAUAUGGAUACUUAGAAUGGCAAGAAACUGGCUCAAUCUCCAUGGUGAUGGUGACCAGAAGGAUAUCAGGAUUCUGCAGGUUCGGGGACAGAAAGAGGAGGACUUGGCAGUAGCCUUACAAAAGGGGAGAGACAUGGACUCACAUGAGGAUAAUCGUGAAUCAGAGCACAGCCGAUUGUCUCACCAUAGUGAUGGGAAGAUCUCAGAAUCUCCUUUUCAAUCUGAGAAACAGGAGAAAUACAAGAAAAACAUCAAGAGCUCGGCUGGGGAUCAUGUGCGAACCAGAACGCGAGAGCCGGCCAGAGAUCCAGACCGUGAUCGGUGUUCGGAUGGAGAGCGUAGCAGUGCCUCAUUCUACUCGGAUGAUUAUGAAAAUGUCUCGCACUCGGAUCGGUCUCUCUCGCCGUCAGCCUCUCCGUCUCCACAAAGAAGAGGGAGGUCUAGGAGAGUGUCCAGCAGCCCCUUGCAUCGAGCAGGUGUACGUAAAGUUGUGUCAUGCCGUCAUCCGCCCCUCUCCCAUCAUCCUCAGCAGUGGUCAAGAGGCAUCCGAUCCCAAACUUUGAGUAAAGAUGCUCCAUCCAAAGAAGUGGACCCAGUCACCAAACGCAUGCUGUCUGCACGUCUGCUAAAGAUCAACGAGUUGAAGAAUGCAUUGUCUGAACUGAGGCUGCAUGCAGACGAGUUGCAACGUGAGAACCGUUUACUGCGACAAAUGCAGCUGCGGCAAGAGAAAGCUCUGCAUCACUACAAUGACACAGAAAGUGAGAUCUCGCAGCUGUUGUCUCGUCACAACAAUGAGACUCAUGUACUGCGUGAGAGGCUGAGACGCAGUCAAGAGAACCAGCGCACAGCUGAGCGCAGCCUCAGGGAAACGGACGCCCAGCUCCAGCACUGUCGAAGCCAGCUACAGAAACUGCAGCAACUCGCAGAUGACCAGAAUCUUGGAGAGAGGGAGGGACUCUCGCGAAAACUAACGUACACUCAAGGCAAAUUGCAAGAAAGUGAACGCAGAGUGAAGGAAUUGGAGAAGAACAUGGAGCUGAGCAGUGGGAGCUUUCAGAGGCAGCUAGCUAAUGAGAGGAGGAGAACUCACAAUGCACAACAGGAAGUUAAAGCACUACAGGAGGAAGUGGAGAAACUUUGCACUAAACUAAAGGAGAAAGAAAAGGAGAUGGAUGUUCGGAACAUCUACGCUAACAGGAUGCUAAAAGCUUCUUCCAGAAAAGAAGCAGAGAAUGGCAGCAAGCGAAAAGGCUCCAAUACAACCAGCACUAAGGCAGUACAGACAGAGGACAGGACGUCCUCACUAGACUUCCCAUCGCCGCCUCCAACUCUUACCAAUGAACUCCCACCUGAUGACCAGACCGAUGAUUACCUCUCUCUGAAGCAGGAUCAGCAAGGCAGGGAACAGAGACCUGGAGAAGCAAAACAAUGGAAGAUUCAAGAGUUUUGGAGAGAAAGGGAGAAAGAAAAAGACAUGGAAUCUGAGAUGGAACAGACAAGGGAGAAGAAGAGAGAAAAAGAGAUGCUGCAUGACGGAGAAAGAGACAUGGAGCUGCUGAAAGACAAGGAGAGGCAAAGACUUGAUCAACAGCACAGCUCAAAUGAGAAGAACUCAAAGGGAAACAGAGUUCACGACAGAGAGGAAGAAGAUUGGAGGAUUGGCCUGUCUAUAUCUCAAAGUGAGGAAGAGAGCAGGAAGCAGUGUGAACAGGAAGAGGAACAACUUAAAGCAAGAAAUGUAGAGAUCCAGGCCGGCAAUCAAGAGCGUCCGGAAGAGGAACAUCAGCGCAAAGAGCAGCUACUGGCUAAGAUGCAUGAGAUCGACAUGCAGACUCAAGGUCAGGACUCAGACUUCUUUUCUGACGACACAGGAAGUUUCCGCUCUCCUCCACGGUUGUCCGAGCAACGGAACCACAACGGUAUUUUCAAAUUUACAGAGCCAGAAGAGAACACAAACACAUUUGCGAGUGGGAGAAGAGCUGGUGGUCUUCGAGCACAUGGACCAAGCAAGGAUCUUGACCUUGCUUUUGGUAGCUACGCCCCUUCUUUUGGUAAAUCUGCCCCCCGUGCUGGUUUAGGUGCACGCAAUGCAAAUCAGCCACCCCGAGAACUGGAUGAAGAGCUGGAUUUGGGUGGCCUGGUUAAGGAAAGGAAGUCAAAGCUCAUGCAGCAGCUUUUUGGGGCCUCUGCCACACCACCUCCUUCAGAUCUAUCCAGUAGGAUGGAGAUCCUAAGCCCCCCUCUAACAAGCCAGUUCCCAUCAGUACCAGGAGGUGGACGCAGGAGGGACACAGACACACCAAAUGGACUAAAUAUCAGUUCUCUCCCCAACAAUAGGAGCACUCUGCAUGUCUCUGAGAGCCGACCCGUGGUCAGGGCCAUUACGUCAUUUGAUGAUGACAUAGAAGAAGUCACACUCUGAAUAGGGUGCUUUUAUAGCCAAUACGAAAGGAUACAUUUUUUUAAAACACCUGAUAUUUAGUUUUGAGCUCCGUUAUGAAGUAAACACUGAUUAAACAAUGCUUAGUUUGUUAAUAUGCCUCUUUUUUUAACCUUUCUGGCAAAAUCAUGGAGGAAGACUUUUUCAGUGAUACCGUUUUCAUAGUUGGGUUUGCAAAGGGUCCAAAAUUAACACUCACUGCACAGUGCACACUAAGGGCCAAAAAAGCACUGAAGGGAGUGGAGAAAGUUCUGUGGAUGAUCUACUGACAGUGCGCAAAUUAAAGAACACAGACGUAUCCAGAUCCAUAAUGACUAAUGUAAUCUACCAAGAGCUGCGCCGAUUAGCAACUAUCACAGCCAUGUCAAACACAAAAUGGCUUUUUUUUGGGGCAGCAAAUAAUGAUAAACCUUAAUAAAUCACAUUGCAUGACACAUCUAAAUA